AAGAAAGGAAGAAGAUGAAGGUGAUGAUGGGUGGAGAGAGGGAGAUGAAAGAGGGGCGACUGAGAAGAAAAUUAGGGCUAGAAGUUAGUUUUAUAUUUUAGGGUUAGAUUUUUUUUUAAAAUAGAUUGAAGCCCAUAACUGAUUCUUUUUUUAAUGCCUAUUUGCAUCGGUUGUGCACUGACGCCAAUAGUGUAUAUAAUGGCUUUUUGUGUCAGUUGUGGACCGACGCUAAUAAUGUAUAUUUAUAUUUUUAUAUUUCAUCUUUUACUUUGGUUUUUAUCUUAGCGUAUAAUAGAUAACUAACGCUAAUUAAUAAUUAUUUUUGUCAGUGGAUAACUGAAGCAAAAAAGUGUGGGUUGACUUUUGCGUCGGUCAACAAGUUUGACUUACGCAAAAACUCCUUUUUGUAGUGAAAGUUAGUUGUUCUCUUGGGUGAAUGAUUUUGUUGGCACUUAUGCACGUGAUCAACUCAAGCAGAGUCGAUUUGAAAAGGCUGCUAUUGAUGUGUUGUCUGCUAUGACUAAAGUUUUAAAAUCUUCUAAGACUUAUCCUGAUGUUCCUGGUGAUGGUGACUUUUCUAGUUCUUCAGAUGGUGAUGGUGCUUUCUCUGUGCAUUCCCCAGAGAUCUCUCCAUCGAUAUGGAUGUAGAUCCAUCUGUGGAUAUGGACCAUGGUUCUUCUAUCCCUAAGUCUAAUAUUUAGCUUUUUUCUAUGGGUAUUGAUCAAGGUCCUUCUAGUUGUGCUGCUGUCCUUGGGGAGCCAGUUACCGCAUAUGUCUAGGGGGAGAACAUUAUUUUUGAUAUCUAGGGGGAGCAAGGUCUUGCAAAUGUUCAGAAGGAUUCAACAACUGCUGGGGUCCAGGGGGAGCAUUCCACUUAGGGGUGGGCAUCAUCUAAUACAAUCCAAUUCAAUCGAAUCAAUUCAAUCCAGUCCACUUACAAAAAGUUUGAUAUCCAAUUAUAAUGGGAUGGGAUUGGAUGUUAAAAGUUGGAUUUUAAUUGGAUUGGAUCGGUUUUUGGAUGUCAAUCUCAAAAUUCAAUUAAAAACCGAUCCAAUCCAAUUACAUUUAUAUAUUUAAAAAUUAUUUAUAUAAUAAAAAAUAUUGAAAAUAUAAUAUAUAUUUAUUAUAUUUUAUUAGAUUUUUUUUGUAUGUUGAAUUUGUAACACUUGAUUGUUUUGUAUAUUUAUUUUUAUAAUGUUUUGUUCUAUUUUAUUACAUAAAAAUGUUGUUGUUUUAAUUAUUUAAAACUUUUAGCUACAUUACACUUAAAAGAAUAAUAUAUUUAUGACGUAUUAAACUUAAAUAAAGGGUGAUACUUAGCUUUUACGUAUUUUUAUUCAUAUUUUUAGGUUAAUAUUGAAAUUUAGUUGUGUAAUUAGAUAUCCAAUUAAAAAACCGAUCCAAUCCAAUUCGUAAUUGAAUUGGAUUAGAUUGAAUUUUGAGGUCUAAUUGGAUUGAUCGGACAAUGAUUUUCCAAAUCCAAUCACUAAUUGGAUUGGAUCGGAUGAGGAAAAAAAUGUUGUAUUGGAUCGGAUGCCCACCCCUAAUUCCACUGAUGUUCUUUCUUCUGUUCCUGAUGACGAUGCUACUUUAGUACAUGUUUCCUCUACAUCUCUUGUUGCCUAUUCCAGCAGUGAGUAAUUAUGAUCAUCGAGGGGGAGAUUAAGUGUUUCAUCUUUUGUACAAAUACUCUAAAUAUUGUUCAUAUUUUGGGUUUAGUUUUUUGUUUGGUUGUUUUUGCCUGUCUAUUAAACUUAACCUUGUCAGUUGGUAAACUGUCUUAUUGUUCUUCUUUUUUAUUGGCAUUUAUUUUUGUGUUUUGUUACUUUGUGUCUCUCUUCCUGAAUAUUGUGCUUGGUCGUUGAUCAUAAUUUGCCAAGGGGAAGAUUGUAAGUACCAUGUUUUCUAUAUGGCAAAUUAUGUGGCUUUUUACUAUUUUAGUAUAUUGAAUUCUGGUUGUUGUCUUGGCCUAUUGAGUUGUUCACCUAUGUUGGUCUUAGUUGCUUCUAGUUAGUCUGAUUUCAUAUAUAGUUUGCCAAGUAAACUUUUUUAAUUCUUUUGUCUUUUAUUCAGUUCAGUUUGCGCCAACUGGCUUGAACUGUUGAAUUAGUUAGCUGAGUUGGUUUUUUCAAAGUAUGGUAUAUAUUAAGCGGAUAUUACUUUUUCUAACUAACUCUCAUUUUUAGCAUCUUCUAGUGAUUCUUGUUCUGCUAGGGCAAAAUAUUUUUCUGUGUUUCUUUGAUUGUGACUCGCAGAUAGUAAUUCAUUGGAUCUUCAGAGGUUAAAGAAGUGUGAAUUUGCAAUGUCUGAAGAGAGUUCAGACUGAUCUGCUGGAGGAAUUUCAUCUUGGUGGAACCAAGUGCAGCUUGUCUUCUUGGAUCUAAGUGUGCUUAAAUCCGUGCUCUUGAUUGUUUUCAAGAGUUAGUUAAAUCUUGUGUAAAGUCAUUUCAGAUAAUGUUAUUUAAUUUGUAAAAUUAGAACUAGUGAAUGUAAUUAAACGAUUUAUAGUGAAUAUUACUUUACCCGAUUCUUGGGGAACCAAGCCCUACUCGAUUGGAAUGUGUUUUUGAUGCGGAGGAAACUUGUAAAUCUGGUGUUCAUUGAUUUAUCUUUCUAGACUUAACUCAUCAAGAUAUAUUGUUAAAUUAAUUACUUAGCUUUCAGAAUUAAAAGUACUUUCAGAAGUGAUGAUAUUAUUUUGCUUAUUCCAGUUAGGACAAUGUUUUAAUAUUUUUCUAUUAUUUUGUAAUUAUAUUUUUAUUGUUUUAAAAUUGUUUUCAUGUAGUUUGUUAAGCUAUUCAAAAGUUAUUUUUGAAUUGUUUAUUUUUUUUAGAAACACAAUAUUUUUAUAAUUUUGAAACUUUAAACACAGUAUAUUUGUAAAGUUAGUACAGAAAAAAAUAUAAAAAAAUUCUGUCCCAAUAUUUUUGUAAACUUUUUCAAUUUUACAGUAUUUCUAUAAGUUUUCAAAAAAACAAAAAAAAAUCACUAAAUAUUGGGAUUAUGAGCCCAGUGGAAAGUUUUCCAGUUAGACCAGAAAGCCCAAUGUAAAUGGGGCCAUUGCGGGAUUAUGGGCUUUCGGGUACAUGUCUGACAUCAGAGGCAGAGCCCAUCUUCUUCUUUUAUAGUGGUACUCCCGCGCGACCUCUGACAGACUGUCAUUACUCUCCUCUCCAUUGCUUCAGUCUUUUCUUGUCAUCGGCGCUCCGAGCAUGGCUGCUCGGUCUCACCUGAUCAUAACAUUUUACUAGGGAGGCACAGUUGUGCCAUUGGCGAACCAGAAGGCAAAAUGUCUGCUGCACAGGAAGGAGUUCUUGGGCGCUCUAAGGCAGAGUGGACUCCAUCUCGCGAUGCAUGUUUGGUUCAGCUUUUCAUUGAACAGCACAAUUGUGGAAGAACAGCUUAUAAUGAAUUCAAAAAUGAAGUUAUUAGGUCAGUAACCCGCGAUUUUAAUAAGAAGUUUAGCAUGAAUUUAGAAGAGAACCAGAUAAAAAACCGAUACAAUGUGAUGAAGAAAGACUAUGGUGUUGUUAAAACUCUUCUUAGUCACACUGGCUUUAGCUGGGACGAAAUACGAAAAAUGGUUGUGGCUGAUGAUAAAGUUUGGGACAACUACAUAGCAAUAAAAAGUGAAGCAAGGCCUUUUAGACGCAAGAGCUUUCCUCUUUACAACCAAAUGGCGAUUAUCUUUGAAGCAGGAGAAUCAAGAUCCGUUAUGAAACACCAAUUCCCAAGUGGACUGCUAGUGACAGCUGAAGAGGGAAAUAGUAAUACUGAAACAGUUCGAUCUUCAGAGCCUACUAACCUUCCAGCCCAGGUAGUUGAUGGCACCCCCGAUUCGGAUUCAAUGAUCCGAAUAGAUGACAAUGACAACGACGAUGAUGAUAAUAAUAGGCAACAAAUGAAGCUGAAAUCCGAGGCUCCUUCAAUGUGUGGUCAUAAAAGAAGAAAAUGCUAUAAGGUCAGAGAGACCAUAGAAAACACCUUAUACGAAAUGUUUUGCUCGGCCAACUUAAAAGCUGCACAAAGAAAAGCAUUUAGUGAGAAAACACUGUACCAAAAGUGCCUUGAGGAAUUACAAGGAAUUGAAGAGCUUGAUGACAUGGAAUUUACAAAAGCUGUUAAUGUUCUUAAGGAUGACAAAAAUGCAGUUGCUUUCAUGACUAUAAAAGGACCUCGGCGGUUAAUCUGGUUGAGGUCUCAAUGGCCAGCUUCAUAGUCUUAGUUUUGCUUUUUGUUUGCUGUAGGUGAUAUCUUGUAUUACUUAAUCAAGGAGAGACUCAACUUGACUGCCCCUUUUGGCCUAUUAACAUGGAAAUGUUAUUGCUUCUUCAAGAGUAUUCUCCUUCCAAUUUUCGCUAUAUAAAUAUAAAUAUUUGAUCA